GGCGCGUCGCGUGCAUCUUGACUUACUAUCCUGUAGUCGUCGGCCGGUCGUCACCUAAUACCUCUUCCCUAAUCCUAAUCAACUCAUAACGCGCUAUGGCCAAGCCGCGCACUGAAGUCGUCUUCUCGAGCGAUGUCCGCAAUAUGGACGAGUGGGCGCACCGGACCCGCAUCCCCCUCACUACGGCCGACGCGCUAGGCGCUACCUACGCGCGCGCCCACCGCUGGCUCAACACGCUCAAGUCCCAGCUCGUCCACAAGCACAACUGGACCGAUGUUUCCAACCAAGACCCACGCAUGCUCUUCGUGCUAGAGGCCACCUCCAUUUGGCGUUCGUCGGCCGGUCUGCCCGCGGGCCCGAAGCUGCGCCUACAACUCCCCAUUCAGGCGUCGUCGUUCUUCUCUCCCGAACGUCGCGUGCAGUGGCAGAUGGUAUUCCACUCGGACACCUUCGAGUCCGUUCGCAAGAUAUGCCCACCCAUCAACGACAUCCUCAACCUCAUCCAGUGCCUGCUACCUGGCGUAGUCACGCUGGUAUUCGAGGAGCACCUACCAAAUGGUGUCCAUCGUACUAUUCGCGGACUACCGCCGGCGCAGUGGGUCGCCGAGCAUGAAGCCGCGCUGGCGGACGUACUCGGCACCCAGCGGUAUAAGGCUUUGCGUAAAGCAUGCAGCGACACGACGGUCGCGUACAAGCUGGAGGUCUUGCCCUAUAGGCGUUGAACCCAAGUUGCGGCCGGCCGACCGUUGUCUCCUUCUCGUUGCCCCUACCUUAGGAUUACCAUUUAUUCGCUCGUCCAUUUGUAUCGCUGUCCAUAUCGCUUUCGUUCACCCUGCACCCUUACCCUUACAUCCAUCAUAGUUCCUCCCCCCGCCCCCAUCGUCCCUCGCAUCGCAACAC